AUGCCGACAACAAUGUUUGUUAUGCUGCAUGAGCUCAUUCCGCCUUCACCGUUUUACCAUCGGCAAUCUAGACGCACGGCGAGACACCAUCAUUUAGUUGAUAUCCCAAGAUGCCGCACAAAGCGCUUUUCUUCGUCCUUUUUACUGUGCACCGCCAAGGAGUGGAACUCCCUGCCGGCGUCUAUAUUCUCGAGUGCAUAUAACUCAGACCUAUUUAAGGCAAGAGAGCAUACAGUUCGCAGCUUUUCUAUCCUACUGCUACUGCUUUGCAUGGCAUUGAUUAUCCGGGAAACGAAUGCGCGACCCCCUUGGUUGAACAAAGGCAGCAAUGUUUUCACAGCGUCAGCGGAGUGCCACACUGACGAUGAACUCCUGGACUUGUGUCAACGAUGUGCCAAGUUAACUAAAUCGAAAUUAGCGCUGCCCGCCUGCUGUUCCACAGAUUUAGACGCUAGAAAAUGGUGUUCAGACUACGUUUACUUCGGAAGGGAAGACAUUGAUUUCUAUUAGGUGCACAAUAAGGUUCGAAACCCUUAACACUCCUGCAUCUUUGUUGAAAAGAUAAAAUUCGCUUCAUAAAUUGCAGAAGAGGUUACAUGACGCGAAAUUGUGUGAAUUAAAAAAAAAGUUUUAUAAGCACUAAAUAUUGUCAUGCAACGUGCAUGCAAUUUUGUGGCUGUAUGACACUAUUUCCUUUUUAUUAAAUUCUAAUCAGUUAGUAACUACUUUCAGAGGGUAUUAAU